AUGGCACCAAGUUUCGAUGAUGGCAACACUUUGUUUGAUUUUGUUGUGAAAGAAGGAAAUGGUGUCAAAGGUCUGGUGGAUUCAGGAAUUGCAAAAGUACCAGAAAAAUACAUCCAACCACCAUAUGAACGAAUAGGGAAACUCGUUGAAAACUCGAAAGAUCACUUCUCAUCAAUCCCAAUUGAUUUAUCAAAGCUUGAUGGUCCCCAGCAUGAUCAAGUGGUGGAGGCCAUUAUUAGAGCUGCUGAAACACUAGGAUUCUUUCAGGUAAUCAACCAUGGCAUGUCUUUGGACUUGUUGGAGUCCCUCAAAGACGCUGCACACCGAUUUUUCAGGCAACCAGCAGAUGCAAAAGCUGUUUAUCUGAAGGGAGUUAGUCCUAGUCCGUUUGUGAAGUACGGUACAAGCUUUGCACCCGAGCAAGAAAAGGCUCUGGAGUGGAAAGAUUAUCUUAGCAUGGUUUAUACCAAUGACAGUGAUGCACGAAAACAUUGGCCUAAAGAGUGCAAGGAAGUGGCACUUGACUACUUGAAAUCAUCCACUAACAUGGUAAAAAGGCUGUUGGGAAUAUUGAUUAAAAAUCUUGGAGUGACCGUUGAUGGCUCAAAACUUGAAUCACUCAUUGGCACGAAGUUGGUGAACAUGAACUUCUAUCCAACAUGCCCAAAUCCAGAACUAACAGUUGGUGUAGGGCGCCACUCUGAUAUGGGCACUUUAACUGUGCUUUUGCAAGAUGGUAUUGGAGGUUUAUAUGUAAAGCUGGAAGAAGAUGCACUUGUUGGCAGAAAAGAAGAAUGGCUAGAGAUUCCACCAAUUCCUGGUGCUCUAGUUAUUAAUGUUGGCGAUUCAUUACAGAUCCUAAGCAAUGGGAGGUACACCAGUGCUGAACAUAGAGUUCGUACCACAAGCAAACAAUCAAGAGUUUCCAUUCCUGUGUUCACUGCUCCGAGACCAACUGAGAAGAUAGGUCCGCUGCCUCAUCUUGCAAAGCUUGAUGGUGGAGCUCUUUACCGUGAUGUUAUAUUUCAAGAGUACAUGAACAAUUUUUUUGGACAUUCUCAUGAAGGAAAGAAAUCCCUUGACUUUGCCAAAAUAAAUGCAAACUGA